UCCAGCUAGAUCAGAUAGCUAAAGAGUAAUAGAGAGAGCAGUUGGGGACUGAUUUUUAGGAUUUAAAAAAAAACGGACAGAGUAAAGGAGUAAAAGUCCAGGCAGAGAGCGAGUGGCGGCAGCGGGGGCCCUGAGGUUCAAGGGUGGCAACUACAUUUCGUCUGCACUGGAAAAGGAUGAUGAGACCCAAAGGUGCAGAGGAUGACGGAGCGGCCCUCUUCUGUUUUUGAGCAGAAGGAGGAGGAGAAGCUGCAGACGCGCAGAAUGCCUCAGUUUGGUUAAUGGGAGCACUGGGAGAGGACGCAGCGCCCCACAGUUCUGGAGCCCCCGUCUCAGACAGGUGGGGAUAAGAGGAACUGGAUUCAUGCACUGAGCUCCCGCUCUGCCCCCUAAAUGACUCACUAAAAUGCAGCUUGGCCAGUGAUCGAGCUGCAAGGGGCCUUGAUCACACAUUUGGACUCCAGGCCUGCCCAUCUGACAAAAGCCCUGCAGCUGGAGACGACGUCAAGGAGCAUGAGUGUGGGAAGAAUCAACCGCUACAGCAUUGUUUCGUCAGAGGAAGAGGGCCUCCGCCUCACUACCAUGCAUGGCAUGAACGGCUUUGGGAAUGGCAAGAUCCACACACGCCGCAAAUGCCGCAACCGCUUUGUGAAAAAGAAUGGCCAGUGCAACGUGCAGUUUGCCAACAUGGACGACAAGUCACAGCGCUACAUGGCCGACAUCUUCACCACGUGCGUCGACAUCCGCUGGCGAUGGAUGCUGAUAGUCUUCACUCUUGUGUUUGUUUUAUCCUGGCUGGCCUUUGGGUUGGCCUUUUGGGUCAUUGCUUUGCUCCACGGGGAUCUAGACAACCCAGCUGGAGACGACAACUUCACUCCCUGCGUGCUGCAGGUCAACGGAUUUGUGGCCGCGUUUCUGUUCUCCAUUGAAACACAGUCGACCAUAGGGUAUGGCUACCGCUGCGUGACCGAGGAGUGCCCAGUGGCCGUCUUCAUGGUCGUCUUCCAGUCAAUAGUAGGCUGCAUCAUUGACUGCUUCAUGAUAGGCGCCAUCAUGGCAAAAAUGGCGAGGCCUAAGAAGCGAGCGCAAACGCUCCUGUUUAGCCACAACGCGGUCAUUGCCAUGCGGGAUGGAAAGCUGUGUCUCAUGUGGAGAGUGGGAAACCUUCGCAAGAGUCACAUUGUAGAAGCCCAUGUCAGAGCACAGCUCAUCAAACCUCGGAUAACCGAUGAGGGGGAGUAUAUUCCGCUAGACCAGAUAGACAUUAAUGUAGGGUUUGACAAAGGUUUGGACAGGAUCUUCUUGGUUUCACCCAUCACUAUUCUCCAUGAGAUAGAUGAGGAGAGCCCUCUGUUUGGAAUCAGCAAGCAGGACCUGGAGACGGCAGACUUUGAGAUUGUCGUCAUCCUAGAGGGAAUGGUCGAAGCGACCGCCAUGACCACGCAGGCUCGCAGCUCCUACCUAGCCUCUGAGGUUCUUUGGGGCCACAGGUUUGAACCUGUCCUGUUUGAGGAAAAAAACCUGUACAAGGUGGAUUAUUCACACUUUCACAAAACGUACGAGGUGCCGUCCACCCCUCGCUGCAGUGCCAAGGACAUGGUGGAGAACAAAUUCCUCAUGCCCAGCUCCAACACCUUCUGCUAUGAAAACGAGCUGGCCUUCCUAAACCGCGACGAGGAGGAGGACGACUUGGGCGGCGGGAGCAGAGCACUGGCAAAUCUGAGUCCGGACAGGAACAGCCGACAUGAGUUUGAACGUUUACAGGCCACCAGGUCGUUGGAUCAAAGAUCAUAUCGUAGAGAGUCGGAAAUUUGACGAAAG